UUUCAUUGAGUUUACAAUUUCAGUUCAGUUGAUCAAUAAGCAAGACUCAUCUUUUUCAAGAAAUAGACGAUGAUUCGAAGCAAAUUUGGUCGAUCCUUUCCUGUCGUUAGUGUCGUCCUCGCCGUUGCAUUAUUGAAAGGAUCUUCAAAUGCAGUCACAUCAGACAUCAAAGAUUGGACGAACCAGAACUGGACUUCUUUGGAUCAUGAUGAAAUUACCGCCAAUUUGAAACUAAUUCAAAUCGAUGUAAGCGAUAAUAACAUCACCGAACUGAACUCAACGAUGCUGGUCGACCAUCGUUACCUGGAAGUUUUCAUUUUAUCGCGCAACAAACUGUACGAUUUCCCACCGGACUCAAGCUUUCUGUCCAGCAUAUCAUUGGAACGAUUCGAAUGUUGUUCGUGCGCGAUUACAACCAUCUUCAAUGCCACAUUCUCCGAAUUGCCGAAACUGAAGGAAUUGGAUUUGAGUGGGAACGAGUUGUCAGUGAUUCAACCGGCGGCAUUCAGUACACAGUUUUUCUUGCAAAAAUUAAAUUUUGAUUUCAACAAAUUGACAAGCCUGCCGGUUAACAUUCUGAAACAAUCUAAGGUGAAUGCGAGUAUAUCGAUGAGUCACAAUUCCGAUUUCAACUUUCAACCUUACGAAGUGUUGAUAAAAAGUAAAAUUUUAAAAGAGUUCCGGUGCAGUUAUUGUGGCAUCUCAGCCAUCUACGACGAGACCUUUUCCGAGUUGCCCAGCAUUGAGAGCAUUGAUUUGAAUAACAACAAGAUAUCAACGAUAAAUGCCAAAAUGUUUGACAAGAAUCGCAAUCUAAUUUCACUAUCCAUUGAACAGAACGAUCUAAACGACUUUCCACAGAGCGUGUUCGAUGCAAUUCCAAUGAUAAAAUCACUGUGCAUUGACGGAAAUCCGUUUAUCAUGACCGCUAAAAAUGCGUUCAAAAGUUACUAUGCAAGAUUCUCAUUGCGAACGAACUGCACCGAGGUGGACGGUACAAACUAUUUUGAAUAUAAUUUAAAUCCGGCUGAGCCUACGAAAAAUAAGGGCAUUUCGGAUGCAUUCAUUGCCAGCUACCUGUUAAUUAUACUGGUUGCACAGGCAGCCGUUAUUGGCAUCUUAGUUUUGUAUUAUUUUAAAAUUGUCUUUACCGACAAGGACGAUGAGUUUGACUACUCAUCCAAUGUACUCAACGAUCAUGAUGUCUACAAUGUUUCCUAGAAAUUCAAGCAGCCUUAAUGUCACGUCACAUUAAAACCUUUUUUAGAUUUUUA